CCAGUUGCGUAUGUAAAAGAAAACGACGAGAACUUGGGUCUAUAUUUUCAGACUAAAAUAAGCUAGAAAUGAUUCUACUGUCUACUGCAGUCAAUUAAUCAUAACAAUUCAUCAUGAAGUUUAAACUCCUUUCCUUUUUAGUGCCUUUUCUGGUCCUUCGGAGUGGUACAUGCCGAUCCACUGGCGCACCAAGUCAGGCCUGUUCAUCUCUGACGCCAAGCCAUCCUGGAUCCUCACAGCCAAGCAAUACAAGUCCGUACCAACUAGAGCUGGUUUCUGGCAACACCUAUGCUGCGGGGGGAACAGUAACAGUUCGUCUUAGCGCCAACCCUAGCACGACCACCUUCAAGGGCGUCAUCAUGCAGGCCCGACAGGUCCUUGAUGGUUCUGUCGUGGGUUCUUGGCAGCUAUCAGGCAGCGAUUAUCAGCACCUUGCAUGCCCAGGAGAUACCGAUGGUCAAGGGACUAUCACACACACAGACGGACAGCUCGUCAAGACACUGCCGGUAACAUUCACUUGGAAUGCUCCAGUUCAGCUAGUUGGUGAUCUGGAAUUUCAGUUUUCGGUUGUCCAGGAAUACGUAACGUAUUGGACAAAUAUGAAGUCCUCCAUCGAUUCAUUUGAUUCAACACCACCAGUGGUAACCUGUCCAGCUGACGUUAGUUCUGAUGUUCCAAAUGGUACUUUUAGCAAGCAAGAGUCAUGGACUCUACCGACAGUAACUGACAACUCUGGAAGCUUCUUCUUGGUAUCAAGCACGUACAAUCCUAACGACUUUUUCCCUGUUGGUGAAACCACAAUAAUGUACACAUACAGAGAUGCUUCCAACAACAUCAAUACCUGCAGUUUUACUAUUACGAUUGUUGAAGUAACAAGCCCAACACCUCCUUGUCUUUCAAACCCAUGUCUGAAUGGGGCAACAUGUUGGACUGGAACUAAUAGCUAUUUCUGUCAAUGUGCUGCAGGCUUUACUGGAACAAACUGUGAUCAAGGGGCCUGUGUGCAGUCGUCAGUCGUUACAAGCAGUGGAAACCUGACUUUCCCACAGACUAGAAGCGGACAAACAGCCCAGACUGCUGAGAAUUGCUCGUCGGACACAUUCAGGGCUGGGAUGCCCCUGGCAACAAGAGAAUGUGUCGGAGAUCUGAUGACUGAGGCAGAGUGGCUUGAACCAGUCAUCACUGAUUGUUCCGAAGGUGGAGAUGUUAAUAAUCUUCUUGAUGGCUUGGCUAAUGUGGAAGUCACUCCUGAGAAUGUUGAUGAGAUAGUUAAAGAGACGGUCAGUCUGUCGUUAAAUUACUCUAGUAUCGAUGAGACUGGCAUACAGGCAAUCGCUGAAAUCUUGAACAAUAUCGUCAUGGUUGAAACGGCCUCGAUGAACGCUUCACCUGAGAUUGCAGCAGACAUUAUUGAGGUUGUAAGCAAUGUCCAGGAAGUAGACCAGGAGAUGUUUGACAAUCUUGGCAAUGACACCUCGCCUUCUCUCAUCAUACAAGCCCCGGAAACCUACAUCACCGCGCUACAGAUGAGUGGCAACCCAGCCAACAUCACUGAAAUACAGGAUAACAUCGCCGUCAUGGCAGUCGUCAUACCCCAGCAAUCCCUCCAAACUGGACUGGGGUUUGCCUCCAUCACUCAGGGAUCCGGGCUGGGGUCUCUGAAGACGGAGGACAUCUCAAUUUAUUAUGAGCCCAACAGCAUCCCAGUUGCUGAGGUCACAUCGUCAAUCUUGGUGCCUGCUGCAGUAUUAGACUACGUAACGCCAGGCGAGACAGUACCCAUCAGCUUCUUCCUGUAUCAGACCAGCAAGCUCUUCCGUUCCCCCUCAUUACAGGAGGCAGAGGACCCGGCAAAGUUAUUCCGUCGUGCUGUCGGCAGUCACGUCAUUGCUGCCACCGUUGAGGGAGUCAAUAUUAAGAAUAUGUCAAUGGAUCAGCCUGUCGUCAGUGCAUUCCUCCACCUCAAUGUCAGUGACCCCGAUGAGAUGACCAAUGGGUCCCAGUGCGUCUUCUGGGAUUUCUCGUUGAACGAUGGUUUUGGAGAUUGGUCAAGCGAGGGCUGCAGUAAAGCCCUAGUCAACAACACCAGGACGGUGUGUCACUGUAACCACUUGACGAGCUUUGCUGUGAUUGUGGAUAUCUAUGGCAACCAGGAGAAUGUUGUUUUAAGUAUCAUCAGUAAAAUAGGAUGCGCUGUGUCUGUCAUUGCCCUCGUCAUUACCAUCAUCACGUACCUCUACAUCAAGAAACUUCGCAACAAGCGCCCUCAGAAGAUCUUGAUCUGCUUCUCCUUCUCCCUUUUGGGGCUUUACCUCGUCUUCCUGACCGGUAUCGAAGCUACGAAGCCUGCAGUAGGGUGUACCAUCGUGGCGGUGUUAAUUCAUUUCUUCACUCUAGCUUCAGUUGCCUGGAUGGCCGUAGAAGCCACCAAUAUGUAUCUUCUCUUUGUGAAAGUACUCAACGCCAAUGUGUCACACUUCAUGCUGAUAGCGUCCGUCACUGCCUGGGGUUUGCCACUACUGGUUGUAGUCAUCAUCCUUGCUGUAGACCACACCAAUUACGGAACUGCCGAUUAUUGCUUCCUAAAGCCCGGCAACGCGUUUUACUUUGGCCAGAUCCUCAUCAUUGGGUUUGUACUGCUGUUCAACUUCAUCAUCUUCACUCUGGUCAUGCGCAGGUUGACAUGUGCCCGCAAGGGCCUCAGCUCUACCUCGGACAGGGGAAAUCGGGAUGAGACACUGCGACGUCUCCAGAAUGCUGUGAUCAUCUCGGUCCUCCUUGGUCUGACCUGGGUCUUCGGACUCUUGUCUCUCAUCGAGACGGCCAACUUUGUCUUCCAGAUCUUGUUCUGCAUCUUCAAUUCCCUCCAGGGGUUAAUGAUCUUCAUCUUGUUCUGUCUGAGACAGCAGGAGAUUUGCAAAGCUUGGAAGGCUUUCUUUAAAUGCGGAGACGAUCGCCAAGCCAAGUACAGUAACACAGCAGGCGCCACAAGCAGAGGCAAUACAGAUACUAAAACCAAAAGUACCAUACCACUGACCAAUCAAAGCACUAAUAGCACCAGUUAAAUACUACAAAACAGUGGUCAGGAGCUUUUUCUGGUAGGUGGUCAGGAGCUUUUUCUGGUAGGUGAUUUGUAUUGCUACCCCCUUCUGCCUCCGUGGUUCUGUUGUGUACUAUGUGCCUUAUCAAUGACUUCUUUAUACGGCUGUUUUAUUAAUCACAUUUAUGUAGAUAUUACAACAAUAUUAUUGGAAGCCUUAGGUGAUAUGUUUACAUCAAAACACAUGAGGCCAGCAGUCAUUAAAAGAGAUGAGCUAGAGUAAUAGUAACCGUAACGUUUAUUACAAUGCUGCCUUACAAAAGAAAUAAGACAAUAACGUACAUUUAUGUCGAAACAAGAAGAAGAGGAAGCAAUAUACGAUAGUAUAUGGUAAAUACGCAUCAUCACGUGACCCUUCUCGUGGUGACAUGAAAGGCGACUUUUCUAGGAUGAACGUGAGGUUAUUAACAGUGCCCACGUUCGUCCUUGAAAAAAUAAAAUACGCCAUUUGGAUGAGCCCACGGGGGUCGACCCAGGGAAGCUAAUCGAAUGCACCCAUACGUGUAGUUAAACAUAGUUAAAUACUUGCAGGGAAGUACUUGUUUGGUUGCAACGCCCCCCCCCCCCCAUGACUCGUUGUCUGCACAUGUUGACAAACCCUUUCCAUUGGUAUGAGUAAUUGUUUUGCAAUCUCAGUUGUUCACAUGGCUAGGUAUUGCCUGGGUUAUUUUAAAAUGAUUUGAUUGCCGAAUUAUGUAGUUGUUAUAAUUUGGUUUCAUCUUUCAAUAAUUUUGUACACAAAGACACAAAGGAUGCUGGCAGUUUUAUCCUGCCCCUUCCAAUAAAAUCACAGACCCUACUGAUGAACACCCCGAGUGUGUAUGGUAUGGUCCAGCUUUGGAUACCAUGGCAUAUGACCAGUGUCCUCGAUGUGGUAAGGACAAUGUCAAUAACAUCUGAUAUAACAGCAUGUCCUGCGACGGCCUUACUACUGGGUUUUAAGACAGGGACUCCGGAAAGUUCUGGUCAACAGACUGGAAUAUUUUAGAGGGUUUUAUCGAAAAUAUUAUAAAUUAUUUAUGAGCAUAGGAAAUAUGGAAAUAUUAUGUCGACAUCGUGUGAUUAUACGAGGACCAUUUUAGGGUUUUUUCUCGGUAUAAACAUACUACUUGUGUGGUUCAAAUAACUACGCAGACUUUUUAUAAUUCAGCUAGAUUGAACUAUGUACCACUUUUUGUUUUGCUCAGCAAAGUGCUAUGUGGUUCAAAUGUUACGCAUUGACUUUUUAUAAUUUUACCAGAUUGAACUGUGCACCACUUUUUGUUUUGCUUAGCAAAGUGCUAUGUGGUUCAAAUGUUACGCAUUGACUUUUUAUAAUUUAACCAGAUUGAACUGUACACCACUUUUUGUUUUGCUUAGCAAAGUGCUAUGUGGUUCAAAUGUUACGCAUAGACUUUUAUAAUUCAGCCAGAUUGAACUGUGCACCACUUUUUUGUUUGCUUAGCAAAGUGCUAUGUGGUUCAAAUGUUACGCAUUGACUUUUUAUAAUUUAACCAGAUUGAACUGUGCACCACUUUUUGUUUUGCUUAGCAAAGUGCUAUGUGGUGCAAAUGUUACGCAGACGCUUUAUAAUUCAGCUAGAUUGAACUGUGUACCACUUUUUUUUGCUUAGCAAAGUGCUAUGUGAUUCAAAUUUUACGCAGACUUUUUAUAAUUCAGCUAGAUUGAACUGUGUACCACUUUUUGUUUUGCUUAGCAAAGUGUUAUGUGGUUAAAAUGUUACGCAUACUUUUUAUAAUUCAGCUAGAUUGAACUGUGCACCACUUUUUGUUUUGCUUAGCAAACUGCUAUGUGGUUCAAAUGUUACGCAGACUUUUUAUAAUUCAGCUAGAUUGAACUGUGCACCACUUUUGUUUUG